GACAAUGAAACCUCCUUGUUCUCCAUUAUUUCCUCCUUGGAUGUUUCCCAAGAUCUGUCACCGUCCUUUAUCUCAGACGAGUUGGCAUGUACAUCAAGCUGCUUCAGCUAAUCCUGGCAUCAUGUCUAGCUCUCGAUGGAUUCUGUGCCGUAUUCACUAUGGUGCCUUGUGAACCGGGGGAGUUGGUCUUCAUAGAUUGCAACCUCUGCACGUGCAACCGCCAAGGAUUCCCCAAUCAGGUCUGUGCUAGAAUGUGGUGUCCUCCACCACCUAAGAGCCAACAGAACCAGACUACAACUACAACAACUGUCUCACCAGUGCCUGGACCUGGGCCAGAAACAGACACCGGCGCCCACGCGCAGACCGAAAACCACCCGGACUUUCCGGAUGAACAGGAUAAUGCAGUGUUUAAUACUAUUUGACGUAAAUGUAGUUAGGAGUUAUACGAAAUAUUAGAAAUAUUGUUAUAACAGUAUUAAAAGUGGACUUAUAAUGCCUUUAAAAUACUCAAUAAAGCAUUAAUAUUUUAAGAUUGGUCAAUAAUUUUAUUUUUGGUAAUUUUAGUGUAGAUAUAAGCAUUAUAACAGCUAUUCCAACAUGCAAUAUUGGUGCUGUAUAUUUAAUUUAGCACGGUACAGCGAUAACUAAAAGUUUAAAAUCAAAGAUGAAGAAACAGUGUAGUUUUCAGGUAGGAACUAACUGCCUAGAUGAAGAAAUAUUUUACCCCGCGAUAAAAAAAAUUAAAAUUUAUUUAUUGCACGUAAAUAUUUACAUACAGUGUUGAGUUAAAUAAGCCCAUUUAAACUUUUUGUUAAUAGUUAUAAAAUUUAAUUAACCCUCUUCUAAUUUUAUGAAGAUAGAGGACAGUUUAUAACUGUCCAAAGAGAAAACACAUACAUUCCUUACCAAAACACACUUUUCCUUACGUAACAAUAACCAGUAUUUUGGAUUGUAAAUUGGUGAAUGUUAACUAUCGUAUUCCACAGUAAAAGUUAUCUACCACCAAUGUGCCAAUUUGAUGCCAGUACAACAUUAUUAUUCUUACAGUUGUUAGUUUUAUUCCACUAAAAUACCUUCUUGCUAUUUUUCUUCUUAGUUUAAAGGUCUCAAGCAGAGAUAAUCUAAAUCCCAGACGCUUCACUGAGAUAAUUUGGUAGGGCAGUAAUGAGAAAUAAUUAUCGUUGCACAAAUCCAUGUCAAUGGUAGUAAUUGAGUAAUUCUCAGUACUAUGGGUUAUUUACGGGGCAGUAAAACAGCUGUUGAUUUGUUCUUGAGAACUGUAGAAUAAUUUUGGUUAGGUAAGCUUGAUUUAAAAUCAUCAAUUUAUUAUUCAUGUUUGUCAGAUUUUUGUGCAAUGUUGUGUUGUUCCCUCCUAUCUCCAGUUGGUAAGGAUAUUUUUGACCCAUCAUAACAUUACAAGAGCCUUAAAAAGAACUAUUAAAGCUUUCUUCAACAUAUUUUCAAUUUAAUGGAGUUGGUGGUCUGAAUUUGCUAGUGUCAACUUCUAUUCGUAAAUAUAAUUAAUUAAUAACUGAUAAUAAUUUCUUUUAUGUUUUCACAUUGGUACUUAUCUUAAACGUGCUAAGUAAAAGGUAUUGCUGGGUAGUGUCUGUAAACGUAUUUAUAUACUGGCAAAACCUACAUUAAUGUGAUAUCUAGAUGAAACUGAAUGAUUAAUUUAAUGUUAGUUAUUCUUUUUCCAUGUCCUGGGAUAAAGUUACAGCUUAUAAAGGGCAAUGAGCAGAUAGGAUUAUAAAGUGAAACAUAAAAACGUUUUAUGAGCUUUUUAUGUCCCUUUAAUCAAAGGUACUAUAUUGCUAAAAAGAUUAAAUAAAAUCCCUAACAAAUACUUAAUUUAUAAAAAAACACUCCAGUAAGUAUUGAAUUUUGUUUGUAAGGCCUUUUGUGUUCAAGGAACACAUCAUCAGACCCACGUAACUGAAAUAAAAGUGGUUAAAUUAAUAAUACAAAGACAGUAAUGUUUGCAAAAACAUAUUCAAAUUUUUGUUAUAAGCUCUAUUUUUAAAUCAAAACUACCUUUAUUAAAACUGUUGUAGAAUAAUUAAUCAAUUAUGAUAACGUAUAUAAUAUUCAUUUCAGUAUAAGAAGCGAUCAAUUCUACAUUUUACUACAAAUAUUUAAUUUAAAAUCUGCUUUAAGGGUUAACAUAAUAGCAGUGUUUUUUUAAAGGAGUACUUGAGUACAAAUUUACGUAUUUAUGAAAAAUGUUAAUAAAUGAAACGUUUUAAGCUA